AUGGCCGCGUCAGGAGACCGUGGCAGCAUCUUCGGCUCACCCGUCUUUAAGCUCGUCGUCGGUGGCAAGGUGCUCACAGCUCACAGGGCGAUCCUCGAAAAAUCAUGCUGGUUCCAGCGUUCGUUUCAAUUCAGAGAGGGACUGACUCAAGAGAUGCACUUCCCAGAAGACGCACCCGAGCAAAUGGAACGGGUUCUCUCUUGGCUCUAUACCGGUCAACUCGAGUACCAUCGGCCGAAAAUCGCGUCGCAUGACUCGAAGCCCUCACUGACGGACGCUGUCCUGCUCUACAUCGUCGCGGACAAGUACAUGGUCCAUGACCUGACGAGGCGGAUCGAGGAAAUGUUCCGCAAAUACUUCGAACAAGACAUCGAAACCGCCUUUUCGCAUCACAGUUAUCUCAGGACUUUGAGAGAAGCAGGGCUUCCCGACUGCUAUGGUCUGAAGAAGGUCCUCCUCGAAAACCUGGCUGUUGACCUACAACGCCACGGCUGGAAGAUGUACACGAAGGAAGUGGAUCCGGGCCUUAUCGAAGAACUGGAGAACGAUCCCAAGACCAUGUUGAAAUUGAUGGAGAAUCUCACCGACAUGAGAGUGUCUUACCAACAACUAGGACGCGGCUCCAAGCGGCUGAAGCGGGAACACUCGGCGACAACCGUGUCAGAGGACUUGUCAGCGCAGGCGGUCUACACCAUUGACUGA